CAUUAAAAAUAAUUUUUAGUUCGACAAAAAAAAAUGAUAACAUCUAUCAAAAUUUUAAUAGUAUUAUUUUCUAGUGUGUAAAAAAUAAAAAAUAAAUAAGAAAUAAAUAAAAAAUAAAUAAAAAUAAAGCAAUAGUAUUCUUAAUUCCAGAACUUGAGAACUUCCCAAUUUCCCCAUCUUCUCUUUUCUACUUAUCUCUCACGAAUUCAAUUUUUUCUCUUUAAAUUUUUUCCGCACCUCUCUCUCCUCCAUUGAAGCGUACUCUGAGUUCCCCAUUGAACCGGCUUCUGAGUUUUCUCUCCUCUAUUGAAGCGGCUUCUUUCUGUGAGGGAUGGAGGAACAGUUCAUUUUGAGAGUUCCGCCUUCCAUUGCUGAACAAAUUGAACAACUUUUGAAUGAAGAUCCUUCUUCCUCUGAGGAUAAGUCGUUGGAUUUGUCUUUCACAGAGGAUGGAAGGAGUGGUACUUUUAUGAUUGGAGAUGAACGAUUUCCUGCCUCUUUGCUGGAUCUCCCAUGUGUCACGGAGUCAUACAAAACUUAUGAUGAUAGCGUGCUGAUCAAAACUGCAGACAUUGGUCAAAUGAUCUUGGUGAGAGAAGGGAAUGACAAUCCGCCUGAUACUGUGGAGUAUAGACAUGGCCUUACCCCUCCAAUGAGGGAUGCUCGACGUCGCAGAUUUCGUAGGGAACCAGAUCUAAAUCCAGAGGUUGUUCAGCGCGUGGAGAAUGAUCUUUGCAACAUUAUGCGAAGCAGAGGUCCUGAAGCAUCUGUCCAGGAUGAAGAUGCUGAUGAAAAUGUACGCAAUGCUAGCAAGAAACCUGCUCCUACUCCUCAAACCAAGCCUGAUACACCAGAUCCUGCUAACAAUGCUGGCGAGGCUGAAGGAAGUGACUCAGAUGAGUCUGAUGAGUCGAGUUAGUGAAAACCUGCAUAAUAUGCAAGCUUGCAGGUUCUUAGAUUGUUUGGCUACUCUCCCACCCACCAAAUAUUAGGAUUUUUAUGUACUGUUGUGUAUACUGUAAGUUAUAAGUGAGCCAAAUGUAUGUUCAUGAUCUCUCUAUCUGAUUGUAUGGAUAUUAUGGCUAAAUUCCAGUUUUAAAUAUUCUAUAUUCUCCCCAAAAAAAA